AUGAUGGCUGAUGUCGGUCUACCUCCCAUCCAAUUCAGCUAUGGUGGAGAUGACAUUUCCGACUCUGAGCGCAAUGCCCUGGUCGAUAUUCAGCCAAAAGGCUUUUUCAUACGUCCACCCCCGGAACCCCAUGAGCUAUGCGAGGACCUUACGUCUGACGCCGAUCUCUUCCAAACAAUCCAUAUGGGGACAGCGGUGGUGGACGCGAGUCGCUGGAAACUCGUCCUGAAUGGGCUCGUCGAGCGCCCUUUCUCUAUCAAUCUUACGCAACUCCGACAGAUGCCGUUCAAGUCAGUCACCUCCUUCCACGAGUGUUACGGCAGUCCACUCACCCCUCCAACGAAAAAUGUUUGGAGAAUCGGCAACGUGACUUGGACGGGGGUCCCGCUACUGUAUCUCCUCUCCAUUGCUCGGCCACACCCUAGGCUUGGGUUAUUUGUUUGGUCCGAUGGGUUAGACUCGGGGAUAUUUGCUGGCGUCUCCGCGGACCGAUACCAAAAAGAUCUGCCCAUCGAGAAAGCCCUUACCCCGGAGGUUCUCGUGGCUUACGAGAUGAACGGCCAGCCGUUGAAUAAGAAGCGCGGCGGUCCGGUAAGACUCGUUGUACCAGGAUGGUUUGGAACCAAUUCUACCAAGUGGUUGUCUCGCUUGUCUGUGCAGGAAACUAGAGCCCAGGGAGUUUUUACCACCACCUUUUAUAAUGAGCUUGAUCCGAUAAGUUUGGAGGGAGUCCGAACUAGGGCAGUAUGGGAGGUUCAGCCCAACUCGAUGAUUGUGCGGCCUCGUCCACAGGAAAUAUUUCGCUGUAGUUCUUAUAUUGAGGGAUGGGGCCGUGCAUGGGGGGCAGAUGAGAUUGUGCAGGUGGAAAUCAGGUUGGAUAACGGAGAUAGUUGGAGUGAGGCGAGUGUGGCACGCCGGAGGCAGUUUGAGUGGCAAUUGUUUAGCUUUCGAGUCCUUAUUCCGCAAGCGGGCAGCUAUUACAUCCAGGCCCGAGCAACUGAUCGACGAGGGGCGCGACAACCGCUGAUGGGGAGUCGAAAUCAUGUGCCAACAGUGCAAAUCCUUGCGCAAUCGUGCCCGCCAACUGCAGAUACUGGCGAAGAAGUGACUUGA